AUGGAGGUGGCCACGGACCAGCCUCGCUGGAUGGCCCACCACGCCGUGCUCAACGGCCAGCACCCCGAGAGCCACCAUCCCGGACUGGCUCACAACUACAUGGAACCGGCGCAGCUCCUACCUCCGGAUGAAGUCGACGUCUUCUUCAACCACCUGGACUCCCAGGGCAAUCCCUACUACGCCAAUUCCGCCCAUGCCCGGGCCAGGGUCUCCUACAGCCAGGCACACGGUAAAUCAGGACCCGCUGCCCUCCUCCGCGCCCCCGGCCCCUUCCCCGCCCGGCCGGGGUCCUGCGGGCAGCCGAGGAGCCUCACCCGGGGGCCGCUUCGGCGUGCCGGAGCCGGGGGGCGAGGAGACCUAGGAGAAGGGGAUAGAAAAGAAAGAAAUCCGGUUUCUUCGUGUUUCCAUUUAGAAGGCAGAGAGUGUGUGAACUGUGGAGCAACUGCCACCCCUCUCUGGAGAAGAGACGGCACCGGGCAUUACCUGUGUAACGCCUGCGGGCUCUACCACAAAAUGAACGGUCAAAACCGACCUCUCAUUAAACCUAAGCGAAGGCUGUCAGCGGCUAGGAGAGCAGGGACUUGUUGUGCCAACUGUCAGACAACCACCACGACCUUAUGGCGACGUAAUGCAAACGGGGACCCAGUUUGUAAUGCCUGCGGACUCUACUAUAAAUUGCACAAUGUGAACAGGCCUCUGACCAUGAAAAAGGAAGGAAUUCAGACCAGGAAUAGGAAAAUGUCCAACAAAUCAAAGAAAAGCAAGAAAGGCUCCGAGUGUUUUGAGGAACUGUCCAAGUGCAUGCAGGAGAAAUCGUCUCCCUUCAGCGCUGCUGCCCUUGCUAGUCACAUGGCGCCCAUGGGGCAUUUGCCACCCUUCAGCCACUCUGGACACAUCCUACCAACACCUACCCCCAUCCACCCAUCUUCCAGCAUCUCAUUUGGACAUCCGCACCCAUCCAGCAUGGUUACGGCCAUGGGAUAAAACCCGAUGACCAAAAGACCCACCCAGAGAUUAAGAACAUGGGGCUUUGCCUAAGACGACACCAAGUAAGAAAAUGUUCUGCCAAGAGGAGAAUGUAGGGAUGGCAAAGGGGAUCUUUGCUCCCAUGUGGUUUAACUCUUAAUGCUGGACUAAAACCUUGCAAAUGAUGGGUCUUCUGCAGAAACGUGUAGUGGUGCCUGUAAUGCACUUUGCCCCCUCAGGUAUAAGGAAAAAGAGCUCACCUGUUUGAUACUUAAUGGUCCAGCAGGAAGCAAAAGGUGGCAGAAGCUGAAGGAAAAGGCUUGGAACUGGCUUUCCUUUCUCUCUUUGUUAUUACUGUGAAUAUUGUAAAGAGAUAUAAGCAGCCUCCCAGGAUGGAAUUGGCUCACUGGAAGCCAGACAUGCUGGAUUUCUAUUGCGGACUUUGUUUGGGAUGGGGAAAAAA